AGCAGCAGCAGCACCUACAGCAGAAGCUGCAGCAGCAGCCGCCGCCGCCACAGCCACAGCCGCGGCAGAACAAUAACACCAAUUAACACCAAGUGGUGGCUGAGAGAAUAGAAGGAAUCCAGACUGGGAGAGAGAGAGAGAGGCAGUCAGGCAACUAGGCAAGCAAGCAACCCACCCAGCAGUCAGGCAGGCAGGAAGGAAGGGACUGGCUGGAGCCAUGGCCGGAGACAGUGAUCAGACCCUUCAGAACCACCAGCAAACCAACGGAGGGGAGCCUUUUCUGAUCGGCGUCAGCGGAGGCACAGCCAGCGGCAAAUCCUCAGUGUGCUCCAAAAUUGUGCAGCUGCUGGGGCAGAAUGAGGUGGAUUAUCACCAGAAGCAGGUGGUAAUCCUGAGUCAGGACAGCUUCUACCGGGUGCUGACCAUGGAACAGAAGGCUAAAGCCCUCAAGGGCCAGUUCAACUUUGAUCACCCAGAUGCCUUCGACAAUGAGCUCAUCUUCAAAACCCUCAAAGAAAUUACAGAAGGAAAGACCGUUCAGAUUCCUGUGUAUGACUUCGUCUCCCAUUCCCGGAAAGAGGAGACAGUGACUGUGUAUCCUGCUGAUGUGGUGCUCUUUGAAGGGAUCCUUGCUUUCUAUAGCCAGGAGGUCCGAGAUCUUUUCCAGAUGAAGCUCUUUGUGGACACAGAUGCAGAUACUCGACUCUCCCGUAGAGUGUUAAGGGACAUCAGUGAAAGAGGGAGGGACCUCGAACAGAUCUUAUCUCAGUACAUUACGUUUGUCAAACCUGCCUUUGAGGAAUUCUGCUUGCCAACCAAGAAAUAUGCUGAUGUGAUUAUUCCCAGAGGUGUGGAUAAUAUAGUGGCCAUUAACCUCAUCGUGCAACACAUCCAAGACAUCCUGAAUGGGGGACUUACCAAGCGCCAAACCAACUGCCUCAACGGUUACACCCCAUCUCGUAAGAGGCAGGCAUCGGAGUCAAGCAGCCGGCCACACUGACCCUCCUCUGCUCGACUCUUCGUCCUUGCCCCUGAACCCUACCCCUUAUUCACCUAGGAGACAAAGGAGGAAGGGCGAGGAGGCACCACUGAUCUGUGUAUAUAGUGUUUCCAGUGACAUGACUGUAUGUAAGAAAACACCCAUGAAGAUGAAAUGCCUUUGAUUUUUGUACUUUGGAACGGGCAGGAUGAAAAUGGAAGCUGACCUGAGUUUUAAGUGAUAAACUGUGCCAAGAGCUACCGGUGAUGCUGAAUUACGAGUCCAUCGUGUAACCAGUUAUAAAUAUAUACAUAUAUAUAUAAAAAUCUAUUUUUGUGUAAAUGUAGAAUAAUGUAAAGCUGUUUGCCGUGAGUAUUUUCCAAGGGGAUAUUGUGAGAGCUUGUGCUUGUAUUUUCUGGGGUAGGUGCUUUAGCCCUGGCAGAGGGCGUUUAUUUCUUACAUUUCCAGAUAGGAUAAGCCAGUAGUUCAAGCAUCUGUCAAGGAGGAGUGGUGCAGGGGGAAGGACAGCUAAAAUGUCUUGAGUGCUGGUGGAUUUCUAGAAAGGAUUAGCUUCUGACAUUCCUCCCCAUCCCCCCCCCAGUGCUACUCUCUUCUGACAGAUGCCAUUUUCUGGGGCUGGUCUUUAAGGAUAGGAAAGGUGAGAGAGGAACUCUGUCUUUGUUUUACUUGGGAAGGAGGGAAGACCCCAAACUCAUACUCAGGGAAGGAAGUGCCCUGCAGAAGAGAGUAAGUUUUGAAUGUUCUCUUUGCCCUCUUCUUUCCCCACAUCCAGUUAAGUCUGUAUAUCCCCUUUUUUUUCCUUUCUUGAUUGUCUCAGACAGUCUAAGGGUGCCUCUGGUUCCUACUAGAAUAAGUAGAAAUUUUAUGAAGUUGCUGUCAUCACAGAAACAUGCAAAAUGGAACAGGAGGGAGUUUGCCAGUAUUGUGAGGACCUCUCUACAUACUGGCUUUAGAUGGUACCUGGAAAGAAUCUAGUAAUUGCCCUUGGGAUUUCCCCUACCCUGUUGUUGAACAGCAAUCGAAGGGUCUGGUCUUCAGUAUAUUUCCUUUCUGAUCAGAGGUUCUGGCUCUCAGACCCCCACCAUGUGGCCAAUUAUCCCAGUGAUAGGGAGAAUCAGUCCCAGAUGCUUAUGGUAUUCCCUCCUCUGAUAGAGGGGUUUGUUUUCUCUCUCCUCCCCCCAAAAAACACAACAAAAUGGAUGCACAUUUAGUAAAAUGAGCUUGAUCCCCAUCCCAUCAGUGAUUUUCAUUUGCAAUGUGACAACCAGGAUAAAACUGCUGUUACCUCAGAGAAAGGAACAGCUCCAUCCUGUGCCUUAGAGGUGCUAGAAGGAGGGGACUGUAUAUUUUCAUCUUGAGUAAUGAACUCCCUCUUAGUUACAGAGAGGUAAACCCCAGCCAGACCCCUAGUAACAUCUUCCUUCCUGGGAGAUUUCUAGAUGACUUCUGGGGGUAGGAAGGAGGAAGAAAAUAUCAGAACUACUGGAUUCAUGAGAUGUGAUUUUAAAGUAAUAUGACUGAUUUAAUUUAAUUUUUUUUUAUAUAGUUGCCAAAUAGUCUCAAUCUAGAAUUUAUGUGAUUCUUCUAAGUAAUUGACAGAGAUAGGGGAUAGACUGUUCAAACAUUUUGGGAACUCUACAAGUGUCCUUCAGGGUCUUAAUAUUACAGUCACAAAACAAAACCAGUCUCAUCACUUGGCAACAACUUUUCUUUUAACCCCAUUUGGCGUCAUCUGACUCAGUCUGCCCCUUCUUAUUCACCAGACUUCGUUCCAAGGGACUUGGAUGCUUCUCCACUGAACCUAUCUCCAAGGACAAAGCUUUGGUAGUUCUCAAAAGGUGCCACCUUUUAAAAAGGGAAAAAAAAAUUCUCCAGAGAGAAUGGCUCUCUGAAGGCAGUUCAAGAGAGAGGAGUUCCCAGAAUGUUUUAAGCCAUGAAAGUGUCAUUGAUUCAUUGUGUCACUCUCCGGAUGUGUACCCUUUGAAAGAGAACCCACAUGCCUUUGUAUGUGGAAGUUCUGGAAUCAUUUUUUAGUAUUCGGUCACAUUCCUUUUUAAUCACACCUCAAAGAGCUCUGAGGCAUGGGGAAUGGGAGGACAAAACAGGGCCAGGAGCCUCCGGACAGGCCCUUAACCCAAGGUGGGGGCAGCCUUUAUCCAUGGGAAGUGUCUGUCUCAGAGCGUUUUUGCCUUGCAGCCGGUACCAUGCUCAACUUUACUUGAAGCUCCCAGGUGCCAAACCAUUUAGUGCCUUGGCUGCCUAUCCCACUGCCUUGUAAGACAGAUUCUUCUGUUGUCACCUCCUCUUCCCCUUAGUUGCUUCUUCAUCUUGUGGUAUUGGGACCAAGGCCAUCCCCUGAGCAGGUUCUCCGCUCCAACUAACCCCACUCAGCCCCUAGUCUCUCCUUCCACUGCUGCUCUACCCUCCAUCAGUUUGAUAACAGUCUUGGACCUUUCACUGACAGAUUCAACUGACAGGCAAAGGAGGCUGGGUGGUAUUUCCCAGGGUUGACUAGGAUCUAAAGUGGGUCUCUCCAAAACUACAGCACAGAGCAGGGAUUGCCACACUGGAAGAAAAGGAGAAAUUCAGGCAUAUGAUCCAGGUGCCAGAAAAGGCACCAUCAUUUUUAGGCAUGGCAAAUUCCUUCACUGAGAUUCUGUUGCCCUCAUGUGCCCCUGUGCAGAUGAUUCUGAAGAUGAGCUCAAUGGAGGAUUCCUUCAGAUUCACCACUAGAAGGGGCCAAGUUUCUACCUUGAAACUCGGGACUUGCAGUAUGGUAGCCAGCAUUAUAUAAUGUGAUGGCAGUCUGGCUUCCCCCUAAUCACUAAAUCAGAGAACUCCUGCCUCCUCUAUUCUUCAUAACUCACUUAAGACAAGGAAAGAUGAAAUGUGGGGCAAGGAUGCUAGGAGAACUAGUGGAUGCUAUUGGAAAUGUAGUUGGUCCAGCUCAUAGAGGCUGUAGUUGACUGUGGGCCAGAAGAGGGUAAAGGUGGCAGUUGUGCUCACAAAGUACUACCAAAAGUUUACUCUAGCUAUCUGUUCUGUGGUAGGGGUGGUUAAUCAUGGAGAGCACUUCUCUCCCCCCCCCCCCCCCCCCCAUUGAAUUCUAGGUCAGACAGUUGCCUAGGUCAAAACUGAGAACAACUUUCUUUGCUGGAUCAAGUUUGGCAUAAGAGCCUCUUCUUAAGGAGAUGAGUGGGUUAAUUUCAUAGGAUUUAUGGCUCUGAGUUUGGAUGGGAAAUUAAGACUCCUUAAAUUCAUUCAGCGUCAUAUAAAUAAGCAAUCUCUUGGUGUGCUUUCUUGGAACUCUCUUGGCCUGGCAGCAAAGACUACAGUUAAUGGGAGCUUAGGAACACAUGUUCUUCUGUGUCCUACAGCCCCCACCUCACCUUCCACAUAUCAAAUCUUCCAGUCCCCAAAAUGGAUUAAAUAUAUUUUAGCCCACGAAUACUACACUGAGUUCAUAAAGAUUGGACCCAAUAGAUGCGUACCAUUCUUUCUUGACCCUUCUAAUUUUUUUCUUUGGAUCUAGUAGGCAUAGCAUACUUUAUUAGCUGGAAUGGUAGCAAACAGAUUUUAAGCAGGAGAGAAAGCUGCUGAGGCUAACUGAAAACUUGGUGUUCCCUUUAUCUAUCAGUGAGAAUCACUUUCCUCUGUAUCAGGCAAAUAUUUAAAAAUUGCCCUUGCUAAUUCAAGAUCUCUCUGCCUUUAUGGAUAUGAGAGGAAGAGACAGUGGCUACCAGUAUUGCCUCAGGAGUAGGUUUGGUUUGUUGGUAAGGGAUUAGAUUUUUUUGUUUUUUUGUUUUAAGUUUAUACAUUUGCCUUUUCUGUUUAUUAGUGAUGAAAUACUCUUGCCUAUGCAUAUUCUGUCCUUCCCUGUAAAUAAAGAUGGAACCAAAAGGAUGCAACCCUUUCCUUUGCCUUUAUAUUUGUCAUGUUCAGAGAAGAAAUGGUUAAAUCUGGUGUGAGUGUGAGGUGACCUUAGCAGGCCUCUGUUUAUGCAGUGCUCUUAAGAUCUAAUGGAACUCUGGAACCUAAGCUCUCUAGAAAAGGAGGACAUAUCCUUCUGAAAUGUCAUCUCCCUUAAGAACAUCACAAAUUUGUAAAGAGCUUUUGCAGACAUCUUCUUUGAGCCCCAGGAUAACCUUUAGAAGCAGGCAGAGUGAGAUGUGUCCCCUUCAACAAAGAGCAAUCUGAGAAUCAAUGAUAUUAAGGGGCUUUUUCAAUUCCACACAGCUGCUAAAUGGGAAGAAGCCAUUUCUUCCUAUUUUUGGUCUAGUUUUCCAUGUCUAAUCCAUUCUAGCCUCCUAUAAAUCAUUCACUUUGCCUUUGAUUUUCAAACCUGAACUUCUGCUGGAACCACAGGAUUCAUUUUUAUUAGUUGAGAUAAUUCUUAAUUUCUGGUGUUCCCACACUCUGGUCUUAUGGACAAGAGGUAAGGAGAAGAAAUUAAUUUAUUCAGGUGCUAAUUUAAUCAAGCGUUAGGGGGUCAGGGCAAUUUAAAUGAGAACCAUGAGCUUUAGGUUCAAGCAGAUAUUCUUAAUCUGGGGGUCUGUGUA